AUGAAACACAAAGUAGUUGAUCACAUUGAUGAACAAUAUGAAUUGAAUGAAUAUGCAUCAUUAAAAGAAGUUUUGGAAUGGCUUGACAGAAUAAAUUUCAGACAUUUAUAUCAACCACUCUAUCGAACUGAUCAAGAAACAAUUAUUAAAUGUUAUCACGGCGAAAGUUUAUUGGCUGCUGUUGAACUAUUAUACGGUGUGAACACUACUGAACCCGAAUAUUUGUCAAAAUCGGCAAAUUUAUAUCCUUUAGCUAGUUAUACACUAAGUCCACGUAGUUUAAUAUUAAAUUAUGAGUCAUGGACACCUACGUUACGUGAUCUCGUUACAUUUUCACCUUAUUCUAUUGCAAAUUCCAAUUUGAGAUUAUUAUUCAUUUGUUAUCAAUUAUUAAAAACCAUUUUCUUUGUCCAUCAUCAUGGUUUGAGUACUGGACCAUUACAAUUAACAGAUAUACACAUAACAGAACGUUAUUGGAUACAAAUUCGGCUACGUUUCAAUGCCUGUUUAGCCACAUUAGAAGUACAAUCAUUAGACGAUGAUAAUUAUUAUACACAUCAAAGAAACUCUACUCAAAGUACAAUUACUGAUUUACAACCAUCAAAAUAUCAGCAAAAAUUAACUACUCAUACGAAUAAUCCAUUUGUUCAAGCAUAUACGGAUGAACCACAGCUACAAAUUUCAUUUUCAACAUCGUUAUUAUUAGAGUCUUCAUUGUUGGCAAAUUCUCCUGUAUAUCAUGUAGAACAACGUUAUUUAACGUAUUGUACAACAUUGUUCGAUAUCCCCGAAUUAAUUAAACAAUGGCAAUUAGGACGUAUUUCAAAUUUUGAUUAUUUACUUAUAUUAAAUGCAUUGGCUGGAAGAAAAUUCAAUCAUCCAGAUAAACAUCCAAUAUUACCGUGGAUAACAGAUUUUACUACUUCUUGUACAAAUUUACGAGAUUUAACAAAAUCAAAAUAUCGUUUAAAUAAAGGUGAUGCUCAAUUAGAUUUAACUUAUAAUUAUUAUUAUGUUCAAUCAUCGUCUGCAACAGCAGGAAACUUAACUGCACAUCAUUUAUGCGAAUAUUUAUCAUCAAUAACAUAUUAUGUUUACAAAGCACGUCGUAUGUCCAAAUCGAUAUUGUGCGAAAAUGUUCGUUCAUCAUGGGUUCCAAAUGAAUAUCCGUCAUCGAUUACUCGUCUAGUUGAAUGGACUCCAGAAGAAUGUAUACCAGAAUUUUUUUACGAUUCAACUAUAUUUCAGUCGAUACACGAUGAUUUGGAUGAUUUACAUAUACCAAAUUGGUGUACAAGCACGGAUGAGUUUGUCGAAAAACAUCGACAAUUAUUAGAAAGUCGUGAAGUAUCAGCUGAAUUACACUUUUGGAUUGAUCUUGUGUUUGGGUAUAAGUUAACUGGUGAGCAUGCAAUCGAAGCAAAAAAUGUUUGUUUAUCAUUAGUUGAUCAUCAUGAAAAUAUACGAGACAAUGGUAUUGUACAAUUAUUUCUUACUCCUCAUCCUGCACGUUUUCGAACGCAUACAACACCAAUUACAUCAUCAUCGUUGAUUUCAACAACAAGUUCGUCAUCGUUCAAAAGUAACCCUGUUAUCGCACAAUCGAGUCGAGCAUCUUCUGAUAUAAAUAGUGAACAAACAAAACAGACGAGGUAGGCAUACUUUAAAAUAAAUUACGAUGCGUAUUUUUCACAUAGAAAAAUUAUUCUUUAAUUUUUUGAAAUUCUUUUAUUUUACUAUUUAAGUCAUUGAUAGAGAAUUUUUGGUGGCUUCUUCGAUACAAUUUGAUUUUUUUGUACUACUUAUUUCAGCAUUGAAUAUAUUUUAUUCAGACAUCAGAUUGUAGAGAAAUAUUUUCCAUAGAAAUGAGCCCAUUUUUAGCAUCAUUUAACAUUUGUCGGAAGUUAUGCGAAAGAUUUAUAGAAGAAAGUUUGUAUCGUCUAGCUCAUCGUUUAGCAGAAUCGUCUGUACAACAUACAUGUCGACUUAUAAGUGAAGUGAAUAUUCUGAGGAAUUUUUGUCCCACUAAUUGGUUGUACUUCGUUUCUAUUGUUCCGCUAACUCUUUUUUGUAGUUUUCCUCUAGUGACAAUGAAACAUCUGUAAAUUCUAGAAGUUUUAUUACCGUGGUGAGAGUCUUUCUUUCAUUAAGGUGGAUAACUAAAUAGAACCAAAACGUUCUCAUCUUUUGAAACAUGUGUCUCAGCGUUCCAUAUCUUCUAUUUUGUUUUUCUCAUUAUCUGACUCUGGAUUUUAUUUUCAAACUCUAGUAAAAUGCGUCCUUCACUCACUCUUUCAAUAAACAACGUUGAUAUAGAAAGAGUUUUGUCUCUUAAGCUUCUUGGCAUGAUUAUUUCAUAUAAUUUAACGUGUAAGGCUCACAUUGAAUAUGUGUCAAUGAAAUCUCGUCAAAUGUUAGGCUCUAUCUCAAGAGUCUUUCGUGACUCGCCCUCAUUUCUUCGUUGUCAUCUGUAUAAAACUUGUGUAAGAACCGCGCUUGAAUACGGUUGUGUUAUCUAUGAUUCCACUUUUACUUCUCAUCUUGAAAUUUUGGAUAAAGUUUAGCGUCUUGCUAGUAGGGUCAUUUCACAAGAUUUUAGUAGUUCUUCUUCUUCUCUACUCAAACAAUUUAAAAUUCAACCACUUUCAAACAGACGUCUAUAUUAUCGCUUUCUCUAUUUCUAUAAAAUUUUCUAUCAUAAAAGUCCUCUCUCCUCUUUUGGUCUGAUUUCACAGUCAACAACGCGUCAAAGUUCUCGAUUCGGCCAUGAUAGUCGCGUGUUUGUUCCUCGUUUAAUGUCAAAAUCUGCAUCUAGCUCUUUUCUUCCGCGAACCUCAAAAGAUUGGAAUGAACUACCUUCUGUUUU